AUGGCGAUAUGGCCCUUCAAUCGCAAGAGCAAGCGGCACACCAUCCAAGUGACCGGUGCCGAAGCGGCUGAUCUUCACUCGUUUGCUGAAACCGCCGUUGAGCCCACCUUGGGUCGCAAAAAGUCCAAACGCCCGAACAACCACACGUCACGGGCGGAGACUGCAGACUGCCGGCGCAGUUUGGCCCUCGUGCGUUCAAAUCGACCUAUCUUAUCUCUUGACCGCCCUACUUCUGCCGACCAUCCACGGGACCCUCCGCCGCGUGACCAUCUACUCUCAAGAACAGGUUCGCUGCUGAGGCGGAAACCAAGCCAAAAUGCACAUGUCCCGAAUAAACUACGACGAAAGCUGAGCAAGCGCAAAGCAAACGAGAUCAUGCGGGAGCGUGAGAUUCGAAUGCUGUCGUCCACCCCAAUCGAUAUCCCCAAUGAUAAUGUGCUGGAAAAUCGCCGCCGAAAAGCAAAUGGUCGACGUGCCGACCGGUACCUGUCUGAUAUAAGUCUCUCCAUCCGUAACUCCGCCACUUCCUCCACGUCGGACAUCUCUGACCCUUACACCUACAAGGUCAAUGCUUUUGCUGUCUUGACCCCACGCCCUGUCGUUCAUUAUGUCGAAGCCCCUCGCCUGCAGACUGCUAGAAGCGGCAACCCACCAUCGUCUAGUCGACAGGAGAGAGAGAGGCUUCAAGCCUUGACCACGUCUGAGGAAGAUUUCUACUAUUCCAAACGACGAGUGAAUGAACUCGCUGAUUCAUUAGAUGCCGGGGCUUUGAGAGAGCUGCUGGAUCGGGAUCGUCGCCGCCGGGAAAAGAAGCAGGUUGACGAUCAGGAAAGGCUGCGGCGGAAGCUGCAGGAGAGGGCUGAUGCUCAGCAGGCGGAAGAACAAAAAUUCCAGGCCGCCACUCAUGUCGAAUCCGAACCCGGACCUCAAAUUACUCAACCGGAGCCAUCCAUCGCCGAAGUCUCUGAACCCGAGGAUGUUGUCCUGAAUGAAGAGACCAUUGCCCCUCUAGUUGAUGAACCGACAGCUGUCGCACCGAGGAAAGAAUCGUGGUUGCUGCAAGCUUUCAAGGGCAGCGAGAACCCUGGCCGCGAAUCGCGGGAAAGUUCUCGUGUAGUAGGAAACGUCGAUGAUGGCUCCAUUCGUGAGCGGAGAUUGGUUCAACGUCCCAGCUUCGCCCCGUCAAACGAUAUUAGCAUGUCCCGGACCACCCUUUCCCCGUCUCAUUCGUCACUUCGCCAUGGCAUCAAUAGCCCAGCCCAGUCACAAAUUGGUGGGCCCAGCUCCACAUCGGACAUUUCUAGAGGAGUUGACUCGGAAAGUCGACUUUCCGACACCAGCGGACGUCGGGGAAACACUAUCACGUCCCUGUUCAGGCGUGGUUCUUCCCGUCUUAAGCGAACGUACAAAGAGCGAUUCCACGACAAUGUUCUUGAAUUUUCCAACGCCUCGCACGAAUCUUUCUACAAAAUUCAGACCCAAACAUCGCCUCCGCCCUCGAUUGCCCACCCAAGGAUUCUAAUGCCCACUGGAACCGUCAAGCGCUCUCAAUCAAAGUUCACUGAACACUUUGGCGACGAACCUCUUUCACUUCCUGACUCCCGUCUUCAGUCGCCAGAUAUCCCGGAGGAAGUUCUCGAGUCCUCUCUCGAGAGGGAUGAGACUUUCUUGCGUGAACCAACGCCUAGCCCCUGUGUGGAUAUCAAAAACCCAAAUCGAAGCUAUCAUCGAUCGUUGGCUUCUGAAGGUGUAGACACUGAAGCCGAUAACGUGCCGCUUUCCCAGUCUCUGGCUUCAAUUGAUUCCGAGGGAUCUUGGAUGUCAGGCCAGUUUUUCCGUCGGAUGUCACAAAAGCCCUGCAGUCCUGCAGGAUCGAAUUUGAAAUUCUUUGGCCAGGACUCGGUGGAGGCUCCGGCGGAUGCUUCCGAAGAUGUUGAAUCAAUGGAUGAGCCCCGCCGUCUUAGUAGCAAUAUCCUUGAACCAGAUCUCGAUCCGGAAGUCGUAGACGGCUCGGACAGCUACCCCACUGAGAGAUGGCACAACGAGGUCGGCCGCCGCGCUGUUGUGGUGAACCCGGCGUUCCGUCCCAUAUCCACACAAGGAAUGCUCAGAGGAUUCCCCUCGUUGACCCCCAUCUCCGCGGAAGAAGAUUACAUUCUGGAGGAGACCACCCCUUCCGAACUGCAGCGAAUCCCCAGCGCGAGAGCCAAGAUUGGUUAUGCCCAGUAG